UGAUGCUGUCUCUGGACCAGAUCCACACAGAGCCUCCCCCAACACCCAAGGAACUGGACUGGGCAGAACAAGGGUUUCUACCACCCCUGAGCCCUCUGCGCUGUGCCUGGCGCCGAGAUGUGCCCCUGGAUUGCAAGAUCUGCCCUGAGGAUGCGCAGGCACGGGCCUGGACUGCCUACUACUAUGACCUGUUGCAGUGUACCUUGCAGCAGGAGGGGCUACCAGAGACCGUUGACCUCACCAAGGAGCCCCGAACAGGAUUUGGACCAUCAGACAUAACCAUCUGUAUUUUAGGCUCCCCCACGUCAUACCUGUCUGUGCUUCUGGAAGGUGGCAACCAGUGUCCUGGUAAUAUGUUGCUGUGCUUGUCGCCUGCCUGGCUCUCCAAGGUACCCUCAGAGUGUCAUCCAGGGGAGUCUUCUUUGCUGGUCUUCAAGGCCGUGACUUUUGACCUUGGUGGCCGCACAACACUGGAAGAAUUUGCACCCCCACGUCGUGUCACCUACUUCACAGGCUGCUUUGGGCCAUGCAAGGUACAAGGCCAGUCUGCCGCAGAACUGGCUCGGGACCUCGACUGUCCCACAGGGGGCUCAGGGGAGCUGGCUCGCCUGCUGGAGGAUAAGCUGCUGAGCCGUCAGCUCAUGGAUCAACAGGCAAGAGUAGCAGUGCCCCUCACCUUGGCUUUCACUUUCAAGCGGCCACUGCCCCUACGAAAUGUGACAGAGGAGCAGCAGGUCCGCAUGGUAGAGCUGAGCGGCCGGGAAGGACAGGACAACCUGCUCCAAGAGGAAAUCACUGCCUUCUUGCAAGGGGGUGCCAUGGAACCCUACAGCCAGGUGGUGGUGAAACCAUCAGGCUGGCGGUGGAGUGGAGCUCAAGCAGUGUCGUUCCAUGCUAAGUUGGAACAGGGAGGCAUCCUGCAAGCUGUUCUUGCAUUUUUGGAGACCUUGGAAGAGGAGGAGAGCAUCUUGCUAGAGGCCUUCAUUCCUACUGCCCGUGUGGUCCAGCCUGGCCCUUCUGGCACAAACAAUUCUCCAUGCAACACAUCUCCGCGACCCAAUCUGGCAGUUCGAAUCUGUGCUGUUGUCUGCAGAUCCCGAAAGGACCAGCCUCUACUGAGCAAGGUAGUGUGUGGUGUGGGCCGGGCAGACAAACCCCUGAAGCACCAGGCCACGGUUCCACAGACACUGGAAAGCAGCUUACAGCAGUGGGGGCUGAAGGAUGAAGCCCAGAUUGCAGCCAUCCAUGUCCAGAUAAAACAGGAGGCUGAGGCAGCCAUGAAGGCCUUCAUUGAUAUGGAGGCUGGUCUGUCAGCUGAGCAAAGAGGUGGUCGCCGAGCACAAACUGACAUUAUUGGAGUAGAUUUCCUACUGAGCUCUGAAGACCAGGUUCUACAGCUGGUGGCCCUGGAGAUGAACUCACAACUAUGCCUGGAAACCUGCUCAGUCUUUGAGUCCAUGGGCCGGGUGGUGGGAGCGCCAGCGGGUGAGGUGGCACGGCCCCUGGUGGAGACGAUGCUGCGUCGUGCCCAGUGCCAUCUGAUGGAGGGCAAACACGUGUUGGUGAUUGGGGCCGGCGGAGUCAGCAAAAAGUUCGUCUGGGAGGCAGCCAGGGACUACGGGCUAAAAAUCCACCUGGUGGAGUCCGACCCCAACCACUUUGCCUCCCAGCUGGUGCAGACCUUCAUCCACUAUGACACCACGGACCACAAGAGAGACGAGGAGCAUGCUCAGCGGCUGGUGGGGCUCGUGCGGGAGCGGGGCCUUCACCUGGAUGGCUGCCUGUCCUAUUGGGAUGACUGCAUGGUCCUGACGGCCCUGGUGUGCGAGGGGCUGGGCCUGCGCUGCAGCUCCCCCACUGCCAUGCGGGUGGCCAAGCAGAAGAGCCGCACUCACCUGCACCUACUGCGGCGGCGCAAGGAGGGGGCUCGCUGGCCCUCAGCCGCGCUGUAUGCCGUCCCCUGCUGCCACCUGGAGAGCCAUGCUGAUGUGGAGCGAGCUGCCAGCCACCUCAGCUUUCCUGGUGUCAUGAAGCUAGAGUAUGGGGCAGGGGCUGUGGGGGUAAAGCUGGUGGAGGAUGCACAGCAGUGCCACCUGCACUUUGACAAGAUCUCCAGGGACCUGCGAGAUGACUCUGACCAUCCAGGCAUCGGGCUGGGCUGGGGCAACACCAUGCUGUUGAUGGAGUAUGUCUCUGGCACUGAACACGACGUGGAUCUGGUGGUAUAUGAAGGGCGCAUGGUGGGGGCAUUUGUAUCUGAUAACGGGCCCACUCGGGUGCCCAACUUCACUGAGACGGCUGCCUGCAUGCCCACCUGUCUGCCCCCUGACCGCGAAGCACAGCUCAUUCGUGCUGCCUACCAGUGCUGCUUGGGCUGCGGCCUGACCGACGGUGUCUUCAAUGUGGAGCUCAAGCUGACGGCAGCUGGCCCCAAGCUCAUUGAGAUCAACCCCCGCAUGGGUGGCUUCUAUCUGCGCGACUGGAUUCAGGAGAUCUACGGAGUAGACAUCAUGCUGGCCUCAGUCAUGGUGGCCUGUGGGGUGGCCCCCCUGUUGCCUGCCCGCUCUCAUCCCCGCACACACCUGGUGGGGGUGAUGUGCUUGGUGUCACAGCACCUGCAAGCCCUCAAGUCCACAGCCAGCCUGGAGACACUCCAGGCCCUACAUGAGCGCGGGGUCAUCCGCCUCAACCUGCUCGACGACGAGCUCGUGUCCACUGAGUACGAGGAGCCCUACUGCAAUGUGGCUUGUGCCAGUUCUAGCCGCCGUGAGGCCUGCCUCAAGCUGCUGGGCAUCUGCCAGGUGCUGGGCAUCGACUCACCACACUAUCCCGUCACUCACUUUCUCUCUCAUUUCAAAUAGCCUCGGAGAUAUGGCUCCCUCAGUCUGGAGCCGAGCUUGGGCCUGCUCUAGAGAGGGAGCCUUGCCUAUCCCUCCUAAAUUAUCUUCCCUUAUUCCCAACCCGUCACUGGGGUUUGCAUUACACAGACACCCUAUUUCCUACAGUCUUUCUCAAGUGGCUGCUGUGUCCCUCAGGAAGGAGUGUGGCACCAUCUGGUGCCAUCUCUGGUAAGUGCGGUGCCCACAUCACCCACACACUUGCAUGGGCUCACUCUCCUUUCUUGGGGGACCCUGUUAACUGCGGAGCCCCACCCUUCUUCUGCCCUAUCUGUGGAGUCAUAUCCUUUUCCUUUGCUUGCCAUUCUGAGUAACCUCCACACCUUGGUUCCCAAAUUGUUCCUCCCUACUACUAUGAAAAGAGGCCUAUUCCAGCCUCUUCACCUUCCCUUUCUUCCACUGGAGAAAAGCUACUGGCUUCUGAGCCGGGCAGCCCCUGGACAGAACCUACCUCAGGCUUCCAGAGUCAGUGGAGGAGAGGGCGGGAGUCAGUUUUGUUUGUUUGCAGUUUCCAGCAGCCAAUGCUUCACCAGUGAUGCUACACUAACAAAAUAGUACAUGCUGACUCUGAGCACUAGCUUUUCUGUACCAAACCCCUGUAUGCGAACUCCAUGCUCCUGGGUAAGAAUCUACUUACAGGCAAGCCCUUAUUCCUCAACAAACCUACAGUAACAGAAGGACCACAAGCCGACAGUAACAGACGUUUACAGAGCAGUAGAAUGUAAGGCGUUUAACAAGCUAGUUCUUCUGUUUCAGCACUUAGAAAGAUUGCAAUAACAUCCUAGUGCCACAAAACAUCUUUUUAGGAGCUAUUUAGCGUGCACAAGUUUGUGCUCAUAAAUAACCAUAGGAUAACACAGGGCAAUAACUCUGGUAAUCCCUGGCAUAGAUACCCAGUGCUGGGAGAAACCAUGUGAAUUGUCAGUGCUCAUAAGAGAAUUUGCUAUAGCACCUCCCCCUAGCAAGUCCCCAAGAGACCCUAUAGUAGUAAGUCACUGUGAUGGCACUUCCAAACGCUCCACAAUAACUCAUUUGUGUAUGCUUCUGAAGUGAAAAAUCACAGCACCAGCACUCCUGAAUUACCUUAAAACAAUAAGCCUUCAGAUGAAGCCCCUUAUGACCCUACUCAACC